AUGCCUGAUCCAAACCUGUCCAAAUUAAGGCGGGGUCCAUUGCCAAUUUUUCCAGGAAAUGUAGUGCCUGGAUUGUCAGUCCAAUUGCCAAAUCUACCUUCUGCCUUAGAACAAGAUGAGGCCUUGCCUCUUUUUUCUGGACCUUACUCCGAUGCCAGUACCCCUUCUCUACCCUCUGCCUUAGAACAAGAUGAGGCCUCACCUCUUUUUUCUGGACCUUACUCUGAUGCCAGUACCCCUUCACAACAUAACAACAAUGCUUCUCAGGAUGAUGAUGACUCUUCUCAAGAUGUUGAUGACUCUUCUCAAAUCAAUGCCAACUCCUCAGAUGAGGACUCUGACUCCAGCUCAAUGUACGAUCCAAGUCCAAUAUCACUACCCCCACAUUUACCAUCAGGGCAGUCAGUCUCAGCACUAAAACCCCCUCCCCUUGCGGUGGUGGCUGAGCCUUCUUCAUCCAACUACACUUCUCCUAAAGGCAAAAAACCCAAAGUAUCCUGCCCUUCUGCCUGA